GGGGGUUGGGGGGACAGCAGGAGUCUGCUGGCUGGCAGAACUCUAUUAGGCACAAUUUAUCCCUGCACAGCAAGUUCAUUAAAGUGCAUAAUGAAGCUACAGGGAAGAGUUCUUGGUGGAUGCUCAAUCCUGAAGGUGGUAAAAGUGGGAAAGCACCAAGGAGGAGAGCUGCCUCCAUGGACAACAGCAGCAAACUGGCAAAAGUCAGAGGUAAAGCAUCCAAAAAGAAGGCCUCACUCCAAGCAGCUCCGGAAGCUACUGCUGACAGCCCUGGCUCCCAGUUCCCCAAAUGGCCUGGGAGCCCAUCAUCAAGGAAUAAUGAGGACUCUGAUGUAUGGACCAGUUUCCGGCCUCGAACCAGUUCCAAUGCGAGUACCAUUAGUGCCAGGCUCUCUCCUAUCAUGCCUGAGCAGGAUGACCUCUCAGACGAAAAGCUUCUUCCUUCUCUAGUGUACUCCAGUGCAUCCAGCAAUGUCCCACCGACCGUGACUGAGGAGCUUGAACUCAUUGAUGGGUUAAACCUGAUGUCCCCCAGUUCAUCUGUGCUGUCCACCCAGCAAUCUGCCUCAUGUGGUCCCGUCCAGAGAGAUUCUAGCUUCUCUUUGAGGACCCAGAAUUCAGCUGGUCAGGCCUCCUCUUUUGGCACCUCUCUGUUUAACCCUGUUGAUAUCUCGCUGCAGAGUUCUGUUAACUGUUUCUCUGGCCCUCAGACCCUGGAAGCUCUCCUGACAUCCAGCUCUCCACCUCCCAGUGAUGUGAUGAUGACUCAGGUGGAUCCGAUACUCCCUCAAACUGGAAGCAGGCUAAACAGCCAGACUUUUCUGCUUCUAGGUGGACAAGUCACCCAGAAUAAAACAAGUCCAGUCAACCCACGAGGAAAGCCUUUGGAGCAGCAGUCGGAGUCAAUAGGUGCCAGUGCUUUGCCAUCUAUGCUUUCUGUGGUGGCAUCUCCUCAAAACACAGCCAGCAUGCCCACUUUGAAGGCCCCAGUCCCAGUACCAACGGCCCAAGCAGUCCAUCUGGGCACUCAGCCACUUCUCUCUUCUGUUAGCUCUGCCCCAUUUGGAGUGAACCAGGACAGGCUGCCCACUGACCUGGACGUUGACAUGUACAUGGAGAACCUUGAAUGUGAUGUGGAUUACAUAAUCAACAGUGACCUCAUGGAUGGAGAAGGACUGGACUUCAACUUUGAACCCAUUCUGUCUACUCCCAGCUACCCCAACACCUCGCAGGCCUCCAACCAUACUUGGGUACCAAGUUAACUUCAGGAAUACAAAAAGGUAGUGUCCUUCAGGUUUCUGAAUGUUGGGUCCUGACUUCACUUCCCACUCCUGGCAGAGUCUGAAAAAACAGAGCGCACUGGAUGCAGCUUCUCUGCACACCAUGCCUGGGGCAGACAGAACUGCUCACCUGGGAGGAAGGUGGCAAAUCUGCACCUGGUUGCAAUAGGAAGAGUUUUGAAAAAAAUCCUGUUGUGUUCUGCAUCUCUUCCUAAAAAUCCUGACUUGCCACGGAUCUUCUGCAGAAGCCCCUGGGCUGUGCACGGUCGAAGAGGAGCUCUGGUGAAAAUCCCCAAGCUUGGCCAAAGGCUGUUGUGCCAGACAACAGCGUUAUCCAAUGCAAAGGGUUGGGUGUGUUGGAGGCUGCCUUAUCUCUGUCAUAGCAGCAGUUCGCCCAAUGCCUCGGGCUGUGAAAAGGGGCCUAUUCUGUCCCCAUCUUGCCCUCUGGGAUGGAGUAGCUGGGCCCUUCCUUCAGCCACCAGCCUUGUGCUUGGUACUCCACAGACUUUUAGAAGAAUUAGAAGGAGCCUCUUGGCAGAAGCCUGGUAGGAAUAGGGUGUCAGAUGGAUUGGGGUUUGGUUUCAAAGUACCCCACCGUUUUGCACCCGUCUGAAGGGAUGAGGGAGUGGUAGCCAGGGAGGCUUCCCUUUGCUUACCUAGGCAGAGGAGGAGGACCUACAGUUUAAUUUCACUGUGCCAACUGGGCCCCACUGAAUGAGUAGCAUGUUCUAGAGAAGUCCUGUGCUGUUCUAAGCACUUUCCUGAUACAGCAGGCUGCUGGAAAAUUAGUCACAGGUGCUGAUUGCUGUUGCUGGGACUCCAAAACAUCUGGGGAGGGGGGCAUGUUUCUGGGCUGUCUUGCUACAGCAGAGAAAUGGGAAACCUGGGUGUGGCCUUAACAGAGCCCUGGUUGCUUUUCAGAAGGGCAUUUUCUAUAGAUGAAAUAUUUUUUUACUAAGGGCUUUCUAUAUUGAAAGCCAAUGUAACCACAUGUCUCCAUUGGCAUACUGGGUAUCUCUCCCUCUAAGAAGGUGGUACCAAUGGCAGAUUUGCCUUUCAAAGCUGUGCUGAGAAUAAAUACACUUGACAUUCAAUUAUGUGUCUGAUUGGGGGAAGAACUGGCAGGCCCCCACAGUUUGGAACCAUGUGGGAAGGGGGUUGUACAUUUCUUGUAAUCUAUGUGUAAAACUAGCUGCAAAUUAAUUAGAAGCUUUUUUCUAAACCUUUUAAUAUAUAUAUAUAUUUUUAAA